AUGCGUCUGCUGCUCUUUGCAGCUGAAUGCUGCUCUGGGGGUCAUGCCAGGAGUUUAAACUCCCGCUGGUUCAGCUCUGUACGUUAUGCCAGGAGUUUACGCUCCCGCUGGUUCAGCUCUGUAAGUUAUGCCAGGAGUUUACGCUCCCGCUGGUUCAGCUCUGUAAGUUAUGCCAGGAGUUUACGCUCCUGCUGGUUCAGCUCUGUAACUUAUGCCAGGAGUUUACGCUCCCGCUGGUUCAGCUCUAAACUACGGAUCCUGUCAGUGCCUUACGUAGAGGAAACAGAUGGCCCAAUUUACGUAGAACCCACAGAUGGGCCUAUUUACUCUGAGCAUACUGACCCGAUUUACCCAGAGCCUACCGAUGGCACAAAAGUAACAGACGGCGGAUUGUAUCCAGAACCUACUGAUGAAGCAGAAACUACAACAGCUGAGCCAACAACAACUACAGAAGAGCCAACAACAACUACAGAAGAGCCAACAACAACGACGGAAGAGCCAACAACAACGACGGAAGAGCCAACCACAACGACUGAAGAGCCAACUACAACGACUGAAGAGCCAACAACGACAACCACAACGACUACAACAACAACUAGACCAACUGCACCCCCAACGCCUAAGCCAUGCACGAAGCGAACAAAGGCCGACAUCAUCUUGUUACUGGACGCCUCCACCUCUAUCGGCAAAACCAACUGGGCCAACCAGGUCAAAUUUGCUGCGGGCGUCACGGAGAACUUCAACGUCGGCAAGGAUGAUGUCAGAUUUGGAACCGUCAUCUUCAACAGAAACGCCACCAAAAUAUUUGACCUCAACAAAUAUUUUGACCACGAAUCGCUGUCAAAGGCUCUGCUGGGCAUCAAGUACCCGAACAACCAGGGCACCUACACGCACCUGGGCUUACAGUUUAUCACCGAUGACAAGAUGUUCUCCACAGCUUCAGGGGGGAGGGACGACGCUAACAAUAUCCUGAUGGUCAUGACAGAUGGACAGUCUGUUAAGCCGAAAGAAACGGCAAAAGCAGCCGAGGCCUUAAAGGCUCAGGGUACCACCGUCAUCGCUGUGGGUAUCGGGCCCGACCCCUCCAAGACAGAACUUAACGCCAUAGCCAGCAAGCCUGAGUACGUCUUUCUGUCUGAAGGCUACAGCAUGCUGGAGUACAUCAAGCGUGACCUGGUCAGCUUGACCUGUGAAACCAUCGACUGAGGAUGAUGUACUGCGGCUGAAAAGUUUAAAACAAAAAAAUGGUGUAAUAAAAAUGUAUUUGAUUGGCAGCGUAAUGGCUUCCUUUA